AUGGAGCCGGCGAGAGAUCUACUUGCGCGCCCACUCCCCCACAUACUCUACGACGGCGGGACAAAGAGCCCCUCCAUAGACAGCAGUCCCGUUUCUGCUACGUUUUUCGCCCCGUGGCCAUCGUUCUAUGAAGAUGUUCGUGUUGCAUUGCAGUCCAUGGAUCUCGAUGGGCAAGUUAGCCUCAUCGAAUCACGCAAUGGAGAACGUUAUUUGACUGGCAAUGAGCCUGGACUUACUACGCGCUUUGUUCGCAAUUUAUGUGAUCCGGUAUCUGAAGCACUAUCCGUCACCCAUCUUCGUCAAGUUAUGUUUGGCGACGUUUACUCCAUUCGUAAGACAACAAUGGAAAUACCAGACCUCGUAAUGGUGAAACUUGUCAACCCGGAGCAACCCAACAGAGAGACAACCAUCCUAGUGCUAGUUGGGGAGAUGAAGACCUGGUGGACGCUGGAACUCGAGCUGUUCCCUGUCUCAAGCCCCGCUGAAGACUUGCAGAACUCGAGCGUCCAGUUGGUCAUUCGUUACAUGAGAAAAUUUAACCUCAAGUACGGAUUCUUGAGUACCUACCGAAGCACAAUUUUUAUCCGACGAGCCGCGGAUUAUAAAUUCGAGAUUUCACCUCCUGUCGACUAUCGGGCCACGCGCCCUUCUCUUAGAGAAUGUUUUAUGGCUUUUGCUGCGCUGGCCGAUAAUGAUAGGAUUUACACGGAGACACCAGGGUUCAACGCAAGAUUGCAUAAUGAAGCUCUCCACGUCCGGCAUUGCCGGCCUUCAGAAUUCGAUGCGUGA